CCAGAGUUGUAAAAUUGCCGAGAAGUAAUCGUUCCUGUCCCUGGUCAUUCAAGUCCCUGCAGAAAAAUAAUUUGAUCAAUCAACUUUCAAUUAUUGUUUUAGAUUUACAGGUGAACAGGAAGGAUAGCAGCUAGUACAUGCAGUGAUUCUCUGAAUCUACACAACAUGGAUCAAAUACCAGAUCUUAAAAUAACACCCUGUUUACAUGGUUUAAGGAAACUUCAACCACGGAGUACAGUUCUAAAACCUGUUAUACCUUCCGGAACUACCUUCACAGAAUCAUUGCUGAGGGUAAAUACCAAAAGCCAAGGAGAAAAGCAUUUAGUGGAAAGUUCAAGUGAUGAAACUAGGGUACCAACUUUAACAGGUAAAAAGACCAGUAUUCCAUUGAAAAAACAAUCAUUGCUGAAGGUUAAUACCAAAAGACAAGGAGAAAAGCAUUUAGUGGAAAGUUCAAGUGAUGCAACUAGGGUACCAACUUUAACAGGUAGUUAUCUCAGAAACCAUGGUAAAAAGACCAGUAUUCCAUUGAAAAAACAAUCAUUGUUGAAGGUUAAUACCAAAAGCCAAGGAGAAAAGCAUUUAGUGGAAAGUUCAAGUGAUGAAACUAGGGUACCAACUUUGACAGGUAGUUAUCUCAGAAACCAUGAAUGGAAAGAUACAGAACAGAAAUCAUAUAAUAAACCUAAUUCCUCAGUCAUGAAAGAUAUCCCUAUUAUGCGUGGUAGAAACUUUUAUUGUUAUCAAGAAUAUCAAGAAAAAAAUACCAUUUUCAACUUAAGUUGUAAAUAUUGUAAUAAACAUUUUUCAUCUUUUCCGAAAUUAGAAGAUUUAGAAGAUCACUUACAGAAAUUACAUGCAAAUCAUUAUCUAUUAUGCUGUCGUUUUUGUGGUAAAAAUUUUUGUACCACAGGCAGAUUAUAUGAACAUGUUAUAUGUAAUCACAAAUUCAGUCAAAAUAAAAAUAAUCAAACUUUGUUGGGAGUACAAAAGAAAAGAAGCAAUCAACUUGCAAUGCCUGAGUGUAUAACACAGAGUAAAGAGCUAACUAUGCAUAUGAAGAACUUAAAGCGUCGCAUUUUGACAAAGAAGUCCAUGUUAGAGAUUCAGUUGCAGAAUGAUAUUAAGUCCGAAAUUAUUUUGGAAAAAAGUAAGCUGAAAAUUUCUAAUGAGAGAGAAGUUGUUGUAAUGGGUCCACCAACAGUUCCAUCACAGUUACAACAAUUGAAACAAGCAGUAGAAUCAAAAAGGAAGAGGAAAUCUAAAUCCAGGGCUGAAAUAGAGAUAGUUGAAGAUGGAAGUAACUCUCAGCAACAUACAGAUGUGAACAGUGAUAUAAAUCCUUCUAAAGAACAAAAUUCACAGGUAAAUUAUGAAGAAUUUAAUGUGCAGAUGGAAGUGGAUGACAGUUCAAUGCUUCAAGGUCAAUAUAUUACAUUAAAUGGAGAGAAAUUCAUAAUUAAACAAGAGGAUAGUGUUGAGGGUUUAUAUUGUCUCAAUAAACUUGAUGGAAAUGUAUUAAACUCUCCAUUAGACGACAAGAGAGACGAGUCUGGGACAAUUUCUAAAGAACCGUCUGAAUGUUAUGAAGGAAAAAUGUUCAUCAAGAGAGAAAUAGAAGACAAUGAUUUUUCAUACACAAGUCGAGAGAAACCAUCAAACAAUGCUAAUUUUGACAAUUCCCAGAGAAUCUCUCACUGGCAUGGAAGUGAAAUGUUCAUCAAAAGAGAAACUGAAGAUGAAGACAAUAAUUUUGAAAACUUUACUGGAGUGGAACAAGUAAAAAGUUCUAACAUUGAUGAUUCCCAGAGAAUCUCUCAGCGUCAUGGAAGUGAAAUGUUCAUCAAAAGAGAAAUUGAAGAUGAGGACAAUAAUUUUGAAUACAUUACUGGAGAGAGACAAGUAAAAAAUUCUAACAUUGUUGAUUCCCAGAAUAUCUCUCAAUGUCAUGGAAAAGAAAUUGAAGAUGCAAACUUAUUUUUUUCUCCCACAAGUAUUGAGGAGCAAGUUAAUGUAAACAAUAUUGAUUGUUCUCACGGAAAGGUUGAAUGUCAUGAAAAUGAAAUUAUUAUCAAACAAGAGGUUGAGGAUGAAGAUUUAAACACAUUUUCUCACACAAAUGUAGAGGAGCAAGUUAUUGUAAAUAAUAAUCAUGAUUCUCAGGAAAUGGUUGAAUGUUGUGAUGGAAAUGAAAUUACCAUCAAACAAGAGGUUGAGGAUGAAGAUUAUGAUUUUUCAUACAAUACUGCAUAAACUUGAAGAGAAAAUAUUAAGUAUUUCAGACUGUAAUAGUUCUAAUGGAACUUCCAAAAGUGACAGGGGAAAAAGUUCAUGAAGAGAAAAAGAGAAAAGGAAAGAUUGAAACUUUUGUAGAACACUGGAGAGAAACUAGUAAACAAUGUCAAUAUUUCAGAUUCUUAGAGUUUGUCUGAAUGUCAUUGAAACAAAAUUAUCAGCAAGAAUGAAGUGGUGGUGUGAGACUAAAUUAUUUAAACAACUCAAAUUACAUCGUUUUAAUUGAUUAAAAUAAUGAACUAGAAGGUAGCUCAUCUACUUGAAAUGUAAUGAAUAAAACUGUUUUUUAAAAGAAUCAGCAAAAAGACUAAGCAAUUGUCACGGUUGAGUUGAAAUUACAAAAUUUCAGAUUGGAUGAACAUGCUGAUUAGACUUAGAUUUAUUGUAAGUUCCAAUUAUACAGAUAAUGUGAAAUCAAAACUAGUACAGACAGAAAAUGAAGUAUUAGAUAUAAAGGUGGAAAAGGAUAGUGGGAGAUUUGUUUGGGAAUUUGAGAUUAAAAUAAAACUUAAUUUAUUUAGUAGUAUUUACUGUAUGUUAAGCAUACAUUGAAUACAUUUAGUAUUGUCAUCUCUGCAGGCCAUCAUUUUCUAAAACGACGCCACGGUUAGAUAUAAUUUAAGCUACAUGUAAAUUGUUAAAAAAAAAAAUGCUUAUAGACCUUUCAUUGGAUGAAUUGAUUUGAAAAGGAUAUAUAAUUUGAUUUUAAGCAGGA